AUGAGAGAUGGCUCUAAAACGGGGAAAGAGAUCGACGAUCAUGAUUACGUUAUCCGGAUGAAUGGUGCACUCAUUAAAGGUCACGAGGAAGAUGUUAGAAAUAGAACAUCUGUGUAUGUUCAUACAGCCCACUCCACUACGUCGAGGUAUUUCUUUAAGAAGUACGAAUACACGUCUGCCCCGGCUGAUGAGGGAAUAAAAUAUGUGAUGAUUCCUGAGACGAUGAGGGAUUAUCAAUGGCUCACUGGUCUCCUUAGAAGAAGAAGGGUUAACCGCCAAUGCCCAUUUCGCAAUUCAAGGCCUUGGACGUACUAUGGUGGUCAGUUUGAUGAGAGACAUUUUUAUGUUCUGCACCCGGAUUUCCUCAGAUAUGCGAGAAACAGGUUCUGGAAGUCUUGUAAUCUGAAUGCCAAUUACUGGGCGACAGUCAGACCAACCAAUGGAGCAUUUGCCAUCUUCACAGCUCUGUAUACAUGUGACAUCGUGUCGGCCUAUGGAUUCAUCACAGAAGAUUACAAUAACUACUUUUUUGAGACUGGCAAAACCCAAGUUGUUUUCUAUGUCAACCAUGACUACAACUUGCAGAAGGAUACAUGUAAAAAACUACUAAACUACUAA